AUGAGCGAGCGCAAAGAGAUUCUCCCCGAGGAGGGCAAGAAGAACAUCCUCAUUACUUCUGCCCUGCCCUACGUCAACAACGUCCCUCACUUGGGCAACAUCAUUGGUAGUGUCUUGUCUGCCGAUGUCUUCUCCAGAUACUGCAAGGCUCGCGGCCUUCCCACCCUCUUCGUCUGCGGUACUGACGAGUACGGAACUGCCACCGAGACCAAGGCUAUCGAGGAGAACUGCACACCGGAAGAGCUUUGCAACAAGUACCACAAGCUGCACGCCGAAGUCUACGAAUGGUUCAACAUUGGCUUUGACAUCUUCGGUCGCACUCCCACCACCCAACAAACAGAGAUUGCCCAGGACAUCUUCACAAAACUCUACAAGAACGGCUUCUUGGAAGAAAAGACAACGGUGCAGCCUUACUGCGAAACACACAACUCCUUCUUGGCCGACCGCUUUGUUGAGGGAGAGUGCCCGCUUUGCGCCUACGAGGACGCAAGAGGAGAUCAGUGCGACAAGUGUGGCCAUUUGCUCGACCCUCUGGAGUUGAAGAAGCCUCGCUGCAAGCUUGAUGGCGCAACCNCCGUCGCAAGAGAGACAAAACACAUAUACCUGCUCCUGGACAAGCUGCAGGCACAGGUCGAAGAGUGGUCAGCAAAGUCGAGCAAGGAGGGCGCAUGGUCGUCCAACGGCAUUCACAUCACAAACUCUUGGUUGCAGGAGGGUCUUAAGCCUAGAGGUAUCACCCGUGACUUGAAGUGGGGCACCAAGGUCCCUCUGGAUGGCUACGACGAGAAGGUGCUGUACGUCUGGUUCGACGCCUGCAUUGGUUACGUUUCGAUUACCGCAAACUACACAGAUCAGUGGCAGAAGUGGUGGCACAAUCCCGAGAACGUCAGCUUGUACCAGUUCAUGGGCAAGGACAACGUUCCCUUCCACACUGUCGUUUUCCCCUCAUCUCAAAUCGGUACUGGCGACAAGUGGACCAUGUUGAACCAUCUCUCCACCACCGAGUAUCUCAACUAUGAGCAGGGCAAGUUCAGCAAGAGCAGAGGUAUCGGUGUCUUUGGAAACAACGCAAAGGAGACUGGUAUUCCUUCAGAUGUCUGGCGUUACUACCUCCUGUCGAGACGUCCCGAGACUGGCGACACUGAAUUCGAAUGGACCGGUUUCAUCAACUCCAACAACAACGAGCUUCUGAAGAACCUUGGUAACUUUGUCAACCGCAUUGUCAAGUACGUCAACUCUCCCGUCUUCGAGGGUAUCGUGCCAGACUACACCAAGUACAACGACCCGGAAGGUGUCAUCGCCACCCACAAGAAGGAAGUCAACGAAGCACUCAAGGAGUACCUGGCCACCAUGGACGCCGUCAAGAUCCGUCAAGGUCUGCAAGCCGCCAUGCACAUCUCCUACCUCGGAAACAAGUUCCUUCAAGACAACAAGCUGGACAACGCACUUGCAAAGGACGAGCCCGAACGCUGUGCUGCCGUUGCCGGUCUCGCUCUGAACCACGUGCACCUGCUCGCCUCAAUCAUUGCCCCAUACAUGCCCUCCACCACCACCGCCAUCCUCGAACAACUCAACACUUCCCUCCUCAUCAUCCCCGACGACUGGCAAGGCGACAGCAUCGCCCCCAACCACAAGCUCCGCGUCUCCGCCCACCUGUUCCAACAAAUCAAGCCCGAGAAGGAAAAGGAGUGGCGCGAAAUGUUUGGCGGUGAUGAAGCCAAGAAGGCAAAGGCAGAGAAGGAAGCAAAGGCCGCAGCCAGAAAGGCAGACAAGGAGAAGAAGAAGGCAAAGAAGGAGGCUGAGAGAGCUAAAGCCAAGCUCGCACAGGAUGCUGGCAAGUCUGUUGAGGCUGCUGAGAAGGAUGGUGCUGAGAACCCCAAGGCUGGUGAUGCUAUUGAGGAGGUUACUGAGGGUGUUAAGCAGGCUGCUCUGCAGACUAGCUAG